AGACAACAAUUCUUCAUCGCUUUCUCUUCCUCUUGUUCCAUCAGUUUCACGAUCUCACCUCUAAACAAUCAAUACAUCCUCCACUUCCUCAUCCCUUUACUCUCAUUUAUGGAUUCGUUUUGGUUUUCCCCUACAGAUUUUUUUUAUGAAGCUCUUAAUCAGAGUCUUAUUUCGAUUAAGUUUCCUAAAAAAUUUCCACUAAUACAACGCGCAAUGAGUUCCAACGGGAAAUCCGCAUUAUCUGGUGAUUCCUCCUCGGAGAAACCAAAAGGCGUUCAGGCUGAGUCCUAUUCCAUCGACACACCCUGUGUCUCUUCCAGCCACUCAAUCGGCGACCCCUACUCGAAGCAAGCCAAAGUAGUAGUGUCGGUCUCCUCCGGUCUGACCAAACUCUGCGUACCUGAUUCGAAGAAACCAUUAUUGUUUCUUUAUGAAAUUAUGUGAUUAAUAUAGAGUCCGUUUGACUUUCAUUAAAAAAAAAACAAAUCUGAAGCUUUGAGGUUUAUGACACUAAAUUAGUGUAUUGUGAGAAACGUUAUUGAGAUGUGGAUUAUGUUUUUGGUACUUUAAUCCGAUCUUAAAUGAAAGACUCCAAGAACAGUUGUGUUGGGGAAAGGAAGACUUUAGUGAAACUUGUAGGUGAGAGCAGCAAUGAUCUAGCUAACUAACUUUCUUCAGCUCUCAUUGAUGAUUAGAACAUAUAUCGAGUCACUGUUCACUUGGUUGUUUUAUUGUCUAUAGUCACUAAGACAGCUCUUCAUUUGUUGACUUUUUUUUAUUAACAAAUGUCUAUUUGCUUGUAGCCGUGAGAUGUUUGAUAAAUGGGAAGCUCAAAAAUGGUGGGGUGAGAAUUUCGAGAAGGUCAUGGAGUUCUACAAUGUGCAGCAACUUAAUCAGCAGAGUGUCCCUGUUCCAACCGCUCCUCCUAGAUCCAAAUAUGAGAGCUGCAGCAAGAACAGUCCUGCAACUCCACCUCUAAACAAAGAAUGUCCUGGAGGAAAAUGCUUACUCACGGCUAACCAAGCAAGAACACAAGCACAAAGUCGGUACCACCGUGAUUCGUCUGGUCUUGCAACAACGCCCAAGCUUUCUAGCAUAAGUGGGACCCGAACCGAGACAUCAUCGGUUGAUAUGUCUGCAAGAAGUAGUGGCUCAUCAAGGGAAGAAGAAGAAGAAGAAGAAGAAGAUGGAGAUUAUUCAAUGGAGGUCUCGGUAAGUAAUGCAAGUGACAUGGAAACAGAAUGGGUGGAACAAGACGAAGAUGGUGUUUAUAUCACAAUCAGAGCUUUACCAGCUUCAUAAGCCUCUUAGGUAACCUAAUUGGCUUGACUAAAGAGCAGAUAGAUGAUCCAAGUCUAUAUCACAUCACUGUUCAGAAGAAGAGUGAGACUUCAGAGGAAAAUCAGAAGAAGAAGAAAAGCAAGAUCAGGGAGGGAAAUCAGAAGAAUAAGAG